AUGUCCAUCCGCCGCGAAAUCGACAAAGAUGGAGAUCUCAUUCUUGUGCUCAGCCGGCUGGGCGUAGACGAUGCCGAUGUUGCCGAAGAUGGCGAAGAUGGUGUAGACGCCGAUGCGAAGCUCCUGGAAUACGAGCAAUUACAAAACAAGGAAGUAAGGGUAUCUUCGAAGGUUCUGAUGCUGAACUCGCCAGUCUUCAAGGUAAUGCUGGGAGGCAAAUUCAAAGAGGGCACAGAAUUGGCCAAGAGCACCGGACUCUCACUUCCUUACAGCCUUGAUCUCCCGGAUGACGAUGCCGAGGCAAUGUCUAUUCUGAGCCAGAUUCUUCACAACGCCUAUGUUACCGAGAGACCAAAACCAGUCGGUCUGGCGCGGCUUGCUUUCGUGAGCGACAAGUACGAAUGCACUGGGGCACUCAAGUACUGCGGAAUGGUAUGGAUCAGGGAUUGGCUCUCAGACUACGAUGAAAAUGUGCCGCCAAUGGCAGACCUUUGCCACCUCCUGGUCUUUUCAUAUGUCAUAGACCUCCCCCUCGAAUUCUCAGAGUUAUCGUGGAGAAUCUUCCUCCACCACGAAGGACCAAUUUCGAGAGGCUCGGAGCAAGUCAAGGUAUUAGCAGAUCAUCCUCUGCUGAAGAAUGACAUCAUCCGUAAGUAA